AUGUUGCCAUUGCGAGUGAUUCGGACGCGUCUGGGUCGCAAAUCCAUUGGCCCCCGGCCAAUCUUGCAGGCGCAGGCAAGGGGCUUCUCCUCAGCAAAGAGUUCCUCUUCGGCCUCGACUUUCAGCAAGGCGACGAGAUACAUUGUGAUUACCAGUGCAGCAGUCAGCACACCAUAUCUCUGGUGGCUACUGGCGUCUUCCACUCGCGACCAGGUGCCUCGUCUUCAGAGUCCGCCAGCGGAGCACUUGGUUGUUGAGCCCGGCCCCUCCAAAGACGAUGUCACACGCAUCAUAUCGCAAGCAGCAUAUUUCUUCCAGGUCAGAAGCGUGGCCGGCGUCAGCAGAUACGACGGCACCCAGUUGGCUUCCAAUGGCCCAUGCGAGGACCGGUUCACCCACGGGAAAUUCCCUUCGCCAUGGAAUGACGGCAAGCACUUAAGCCAGGUCAUCCCAACAGCUUCGAAACCCGUGCCCGACGAGGCGAUUCAACAUGCUAUCCAAAAGGCAUUUGUGAACCUCGACGAUUCCAUCAUCAAGACGGCCGCGGAUGCAUCGCAAAGCGAAGAACCGCUACAAGAUAAGCUGAAGAAAUUAGCUGUCGCCUAUGCUGGCUCCUGCGCGCUGCUGUCCGUCUACGAUCCCGUCACAAGUAAUUUGCAUGUGGCGUGUACUGGCGAUUCGAGAGCAGUGCUUGGCCAGAAGAGUAAUGACAAAUGGGAAGCAAUACCCCUAUCAGUGGAUCAAACAGGCGACAAUCAAGAAGAGGUGGCCAGGCUUAGCAAGGAGCACCCUGGCGAAGACAACAUAAUCAAAGGUGGGCGGGUGCUCGGAAUGAUGGUAUCGCGGGCCUUUGGCGAUGCUCGGUGGAAGUGGCCCUUGGAAUUACAACAGAACUUUGUGCAGAGGUUCUAUGGUACAGCACCUCUAACGCCAACGGAAGACUUCCAAACACCACCAUACCUGACAGCUGAGCCGGUAGUAACAACUACUAAGAUCGACCCCAGCAAACCCUCCUUCUUAAUCUUGGCAUCGGACGGCUUGUGGUAUACCCUCUCCAACCAGCACGACCUGGUGGGGAAAUGGGUGGAAUCGCCUACAGCUGGGAAGAGAAGCAACAUACUGCCAGAGCCGACAUAUGGGCCGUUUGACUUUGGCCAGUUCUGGCAAGGAGUGAGCUGGAAGUUUGUAGAGGGGAGAACAACGAUUCAAGAUGACAACGUCGCUGUGCACCUGGUGCGCAAUGCCCUCGGUGGAAACCAUCAUGAGUUGAUAGCAGGAUGA